AUGGAGCGUAAGAGACUAUUGUUGAUCUUAAUUUCUAUUUUGUUCAACACACCGACUCUGAGAGGCGGUGAUGAGCUUCUUGUUCACGAUUACUACAAGGAGAAGUGUCCCUUAACUGAAGACAUCGUGAGACAAAACGUGGAAGUGGAAAUUUUGAAAGAUCCUCGUUUGGCAGCCUCACUACUUCGCUUACACUUCCACGAUUGUUUUGUCAUGGGGUGCGAUGCAUCGGUGCUUUUGGACAGCGUUGAGGGUAUGAAAAGUGAAAAGCUGGCUGGACCAAAUAUUAACUCUUUACGUGGAUUUGAGAUCAUAGACAAGAUUAAGUAUUUGCUAGAAGAGGAAUGUCCUGUCACUGUUUCAUGUGCCGACAUCCUUGCCAUGGCUGCACGUGAUGCAGUUGAAUUGAGAGGAGGACCAAGAUGGGACGUCUUCCUAGGAAGGAAGGAUUCUCUUGAGUCAAGUUUCAGCGGAGCUAACCUAUUCAUACCCGCUCCAAAUUCCUCUUUAGAGGUUCUCAUUGCUAAUUUUAAGCAACAGGGCCUGGACAUAGAAGAUUUGGUGGCUCUAUCAGGUAGCCAUACUAUAGGAAGGGCAAGAUGUUUAAGCUUCAGGCAGAGGAUAUAUGAAGCAAAACAGGAAUAUCACUAUGGUUAUGAUCGCUAUAAGAGAUACACAAGUUUCAGGAGAAUCCUGCGGUCCAUAUGCCCUGUUUCGGGAAGGGACAACAGAUUUGCACCAUUGGAUUUUCAAACCCCGAAGAGGUUUGAUAACCACUACUACAUAAACAUUCUUGAAGGGAAGGGCUUGUUAGGUUCUGAUAAUGUUCUGAUCAGCCAAGACUUCGAUGGGAAGAUUACGGAGCAGGUGUGGGCAUAUGCUUCCAACGAAAAGCUUUUCUUUACAUCAUUUGCAAAAUCUAUGAUUAAGAUGGGAAGCAUCAAUGUGCUUACAGGAAAUGAAGGAGAAAUUAGGAGGAGCUGUAGGUUUGUCAAUGCUUAG